UUCUAGUACCACCUACUCCUGCUCUCAUUUACAGAUAAAAGCUUCCUUCAUAGCUAUUAAUAAUAGAAAGAGAGAGAGAUAGAGAUAGAAGAAAUCAUCACUUGCAAAAAAUUAUUGUUCCCUCUUCAUCUCUCAUGGACACUUCGAGGGACAAACAACUUCCUUCAGAUACCUCUUGCAUAGCUUCCUCAUCUACAGCUUUUCCAUGUCAAGAUUCUCUAAACAAGAGCCAAGAACAAGGUUUCAAAGAUGAAGAAGCAGACGCUAACGAUUCUAGUCAAGAACUCAAUCUCAUCGACUGCAUAGAUAGCCAGAGUUGUAACGGAUCGGAUACAUCCACGGAACAAAAGAUUUUCUCAUGCAACUACUGUCAAAGAACUUUCUAUAGCUCACAAGCACUUGGUGGUCACCAAAACGCACACAAGAGAGAGAGGACGUUGGCAAAGAGAGGGCAACGAAUGGCAGCAUCAGCUUCAGCUUUUGGACAUCCUUACGGUUUCUCUCCAGUUCCUUUCCAUGGACAGUACAACAACAGGUCUUUGGGGAUUCAAGCGCAUUCGAUGAGCCACAAGCUAAGUUCAUAUAACGGGUUUGGUGAUCACUAUGGUCAUGUCAACUGGUCAAGACAAUCUCUUGAUCAACAACCAGCAAUAGGUAAACUUUCUUCAAUGGAUCAUUUUCAUCAUCAUCAUCAGCAUCACAUGAUGAUGAUGGAUCCCUCAGUAAUUUCACGGUCUAAAAAUAACAUGGCUAGAUCAUCAAGCAACAUAGGAAGAAUUCUAGUAGGGUCGCAGCCUCUUGAACAAUGGAGAGGAGAAGGAGUAUUGUUAAGCACUAAUCAGGAUGAGCAACAGAAGCUAGACUUGUCCCUCAAGCUCUAAGAUUACCUUUUCUUGAUUCUUGCAUUUAGUAUCUUUUAUAAUGUUUUCAUGUGAUCGUUACCAAUUUGUACUCUUAUGUGUAUAGUUCUGUUUAGUAAAAAUGCCUAAUGUAUA